UGUUUCCCUCCAGCCCUCUGUGCAGGUUGGCAACUCCACCAUCAGCAUAUGGGAUAGAGAAAGAAGCUCCUACACAGAUUCAUCAGGGAGGAGGGUGCUACCGGAAGCAGCAGGAUGCAGUUGUCUACUCACCCCACUUUGUGCUUGUUCUGUCGCACGACAUUAAAAGAUUUUAAUUUAACAACUAAACAGCCUCUCUGCCAAUUGGUCCGAAGGAAACCGUUUCUUCCAUCCACCGUAGCACAUAAUACAGUAAGAUGCAUGUUUAUUCAGACUCAGGACACUCCAAAUCCAAAUAGUUUGAAGUUUAUUCCAGGAAGACAAGUACUGGAGUCGAGGACCAUGGAUUUCUCCACACCAGCUGCAGCGUUUUGCUCACCUUUAGCGAGGCAGUUGUUCAGGAUUGAAGGAGUUAAAAGUGUCUUCUUUGGGCCAGACUUCAUCACAGUCACAAAGGUGAGCGAAGAUUGGGAUUGGAAUUUACUGAAACCAGAUAUUUAUGCAACCAUAAUGGAUUUCUUUGCCUCUGGUUUACCUGUAAUUACUGAAGAGGCACCUCGUACAGAUACAGCUGCAUCAGAAGAUGACGAUGAAGUUGUAUUAAUGAUUAAGGAACUUCUGGAUACCAGAAUAAGGCCAACAGUUCAGGAGGAUGGAGGUGAUGUCAUAUAUAAAGGCUUUGAAGAUGGGAUUGUACAGUUAAAGUUGCAGGGUUCAUGCACUAACUGUCCCAGUUCUAUCAUAACGCUGAAGAAUGGGAUACAGAACAUGCUGCAGUUCUAUAUUCCAGAAGUAGAAGGCGUGGAACAGGUUGUUGAUGAUGAAGAUGGAGUGGAGAAAGAAGCAAACUCUACCUGAGCUAACAGCAUGUGUGAGACUCUAAAUAGAAAAGUUUUCCUGGGGGAGUGUAUAACUUAACUAUGUCCCGAGGAACAACAAAAAUUGCCAUUCUCUUUAGAAAAAUAGUUAAAUUUUCAUCUUUUAAAAUGCCCCCCCUGUUUAAAGAUAAUACACUGCUUUUUCCAGGGACUUACUAUAUGGUCUGCUUUCAAAAGAGAACUUGUUCCUUCUCCUGUAGACUUCAUAACUGUUACACAUGGUUAAGAAACAAAUGAAAAAGGCAUUUUUAAACAGUGAUUUGUCGGUCUCUUUCUGUUUCACACACAAAGGCUUAAGAAUAAAAGAGGGAAGUAAAAAAAGUAAGUGAAAUUGUUUAGAAUACAUUCUAAAGAAAGUUGUGCAUUUUAUAUAAUAUCUGUAUCAAAUAUUCUUCCUGUUCUGCCUUAUUGGCUUUUGGAAUGACUUGCAAUCAUAUUCUGAAGCUCUGAGAUGUAGAGUUUAUUUUUAUGAAGUAAAUUAUUUUUGUUCUUGAUUACUGUGUAUGAGUUUUGACUAAAAGUUAACCUGGUCACUUAAAAUGUUUGUUGAUUAUACCCAGUUGUUAAAUAUAAUAAUAUUGACUAGU